GGCUUCAAAAUAAUCGCCAACACUCUCUCCUCCGGAAGAAACACACAAUUACACAAACUUGGUUCAACUGACAGCUUACCAGCUACUAACUAAUAGCACGCAUUUUUGUCGCAGCAGCCUCGGCGUCUCCGCCUCCUCUCUCUUGUUCUCGACAAUUUUGCUCAAUUCCCCCUUUUAUUAAUAAGUUCCCUCAGGCAAAUCCCUCCCGUCCUGCCUCCGCUCUGCAUUUUCUUCUCCCGUUCCCAAUCCGCUGCCAGUCAAGUUCCCGGAAAUGGCGACUGUUUUCCAGGGAUUGGGAGCUACUGCUGCAAUUACUGCCGCCGCUAAUCCCCUCGAUUCCAACAAGUUACUUCUUUCCUCGAGGAGAUCCUUCCCAGGUAUUGCUCCCGAGUCCUGCCCCUUUCAUUCCUCUGCUUAAUUUUGCGCCUGCCCACUUGUUCGACGCUGAUUUACUUUGUGAUUUUAAUUAUUGAAUAGCUAGCAAUUUUCAAAAUUGAGCUGUGAUUUGAUUCGUGGAGUGAUUUGAAUAUGGAUGCACUAUCCCUUUGGGCUUUGCGUAAACCUCGAAGUUCAUUGUGUCCAGUCAGCGCUUCGAUUGAAGGGUUUGACAGCUUAUCUGUGUCUUUAACACGGCCCAUUGAUGAACCUAUUUUCACCCUUUUCAGCCUUGCUUUUGUUUUCUGGUGGUUUGUUAAUUCAUUUUUGUUCUCGGUGGAUUCUCCGCCCAUUGGCGCUUGUGAAAAAGUCUGAUUCGUUUCUUCCCUUUGCCCUGCAUUUGUUUAUCUGUCUGUCGUUGUGGAAAAGAACACAACUUUUGUAGGUUUAGCCGACAAUCAACAUCAUGGCUAGCUUAUUUCCUAACUUGGGGAGGGUGCUUUGUUUGAUUCAGGCAAGAAAACAAGCUUGGUUGUGGUUAGAUCUGAUGGUAGUCUGAACUUGAACACGGGCUCUAGUGCUGGAGCUCGCAGGCUUGACCAGUUAGUUACCAAUGCUGUUGCUGUAAGUGUUUCCCUCCUUUCAACCAACCAGUUCUACCAGUCUUGAUGUUAGAGCAUUUCAGCUUAAGUGGGAUGACCUUAAAUUUUCAUGCUUUGUUUUCUGUUUUUUCCAGACUAAGGCCGAUGCUGCUGCAGCAUCAUCUGCAUCUAAACCCGGGUAUGCUUCUACUUAUGAUAGUAAAACUGUGAAUAAUUGCAACCACUUGUAGCUGUUUGAUCGUAUCGUUUGUUAUCUUGGGGCAAUUGUUUUCGUACUAGAACAGCAAACUGAAACACUUUUAUGCUAGAAAACCGGAUUGCAUCAUUAUCAGCUGUAUCAUUUCUGUCCCCACACAAUAAUUAUGAAAGUUGCCUGCCUCAAUGUGAUGUUGUAGAAACAUUGGCUAACAGAUGAAUGUAUGGUACUUUUAGAGAGAUUAUUGGUCACUUAUAUAACUUUUCCCUGACGACAAAUAGAGCAUUUACAAUACCCCCUUCCUCGAAGCUUACAACAUCCGGAGGCUUGUGUUCAUGCAAUCGUUUCUUAAGAAAAUUAUGAUGCUCGAAUCAUUUGAUAUAUUGUGGUUUAUGAAGAAAUGUCAUAGAAACACAUUCUCCAAUAGUUGGUUGUCAAGCCACUUGAUUUUGCUGGUUCUUUUUUUCCAAAGUGUCUUAGAGAAAUAGAUGACCAACAAUAUAUGCAACCUAAAACAAAUGCUUACCAAAACAUUUUCAUGCAAUAGCCUUUCCAUGAGUUCUCUGAGGUGCACUUCCACUAACGUUUUGAAACUGAUACAUACUGCACAAUAUGCUUUCAGUUGCCAUGUCUAUAAUGGGAUCUGCUUUUCUGUUCCUUAUGACUCUUAAGUUUGCACUUUCUUCUCAUGAAUUGCUUAUCUCAAUCUUUCUAUAACCAGACAUGAACUUCUGCUUUUUGAGGCCCUACGAGAAGGGCUAGAAGAAGAAAUGGACAGAGAUAAUCGGGUUUGUGUCAUGGGGGAAGAUGUGGGUCACUAUGGAGGUUCCUACAAGGUGACCAGAGGGCUAGCUGACAAAUUUGGGGAUCUCAGGGUUCUCGACACUCCAAUUGCUGAAAAUGCCUUCACCGGUAUGGGGAUUGGAGCUGCCAUGACUGGAUUACGCCCAAUUGUGGAAGGGAUGAAUAUGGGAUUUCUCCUCCUAGCUUUCAACCAGAUCUCAAACAACUGUGGCAUGCUCCACUACACCUCAGGUGGCCAGUUCACCAUCCCAAUCGUCAUCCGUGGGCCCGGUGGUGUUGGACGCCAGCUUGGUGCUGAGCACUCGCAGCGUCUUGAAUCGUAUUUCCAGUCCAUCCCUGGAAUCCAGAUGGUUGCAUGCUCCACUCCUUACAAUGCAAAGGGCUUGAUGAAAGCUGCAAUCCGAAGUGAGAACCCAGUGAUCCUUUUCGAGCACGUACUGCUUUACAACCUCAAGGAAAGAAUCCCGGAUGAAGAGUACAUCUGCAAUUUGGAGGAAGCCGAGAUGGUUAGGCCAGGGGAACAUAUCACCAUCUUGACCUACUCUCGAAUGAGAUAUCACGUGAUGCAGGCUGCUAAGACUUUGGUGAACAAGGGAUACGACCCUGAAGUGAUUGACAUCAGGUCCUUGAAACCUUUCGAUCUUCACACUAUUGGGAACUCGGUGAAGAAGACGCAUCGGGUGCUGAUAGUGGAGGAAUGCAUGAGGACGGGAGGGAUUGGUGCUAGCUUGACUGCAGCAAUCAACGAGAACUUCAUCGACUAUUUGGAUGCCCCAAUUAUGUGCUUAUCUUCACAGGAUGUUCCGACACCUUAUGCUGGGACACUGGAGGAAUUCACAAUUGUGCAGCCUGCCCAGAUUGUUACGGCAGUUGAGCAGUUAUGCCAGUAACACUGGCCCUAGCCAUUGCGUCAGCCGUUGUUGUGGUAGAGUUCUUACGCAUGGGGAAAAACUUCUCACUUUUUUUUUUUGGUUUAUGUUAAUGGGUUUAGUUUUUACAGAGCUUGUUUAGCAAAUUUGUGGUUAUUGAGACUUGCAGCUGUUUAUGCUUAACGUUUUCAUGUAGACUUGCAUGUUUCUGGUGUUUCUUUUCCUAAAACUGUUGCCUUGCGAUCUUUUUCUACUGUUUAAUUAAGUUCUUCUAAACAGUAAACAUUUAUACUUCAGUUCCAAUUUUUUUAUGGGCGGGAAUGGCGAUUAGAUAGCGUCACAACCCUAAAAGGUUAUGGGUUGUGAGUUUCGCUUCCCCUUUCCCAAUCGUCCAUCUCUAUUCCUCACGAUCUGGCAGUUUAUAACCAACAGGGGGUAAAAAAGAGAGUUGUCGCACUGGAUCUGCUUGUCAAUGCCAGCUAUAAUGUCCUUCGGGUUAUGGAAGGGGAAGAAAUUUCCCAGGGAGACUAAUCAGACACCUUCCCCACAAGAAAUUGUUCGCCUGGCCAAAAACUCUUUCCCCUCCAUCUGCCAAAAUAAUAAUAAUAAUAAUAAUAAUAAUAAUAAUAAUAAUAAUCCUUCCACCGUCGCCGAUCAACAUUGUUGGCUCUUUUUCGUUUAUGUACAUCAUCUCACCCCUUAUUUGUUGAGUUCGAAGACUUCGUCCUUCGGUGGGGAGGUAAUUUUUCCCUAUUUCACCAUUCACUUCUUCUUGUCUGUCGACCCUCGAAGUGGUGUUCAAAUUUCGUUGAGAACCGUACUUUGCCGAUUCUCCCUUACCGACCCUAUUUCUCCGCUUUGUUGGUCAUGAUUCUCGUCCUUGUGGUUGUCCUGCUUUAAUCAAACUCCCGACUUGGCAUCCAGCUGGUAAUUGGUACCUCUAGUUGAGCAGCUAAAGCAAGAACUUUUAUUAAGGUCCAUCCUCGCUACUGGUGCAGCCUUGAUUAUGUGGUUUCUACAAUUUCAAGUGGGUUUGUGUGAUUACUAAGCAAAAACUUGUCAUGUCUUAAUAUGCUAACUAGCUUAUAACCCGACAUGUUGGUCGGAGGUACCUGAGUCGAAUAUUGAAUUAUUGGUAUGAACGUAAUAAUGCUCUUAGAUCAUGUAUAUUGUGAGGGCAGCAUCUCAUUAGACACUUGUCAUUAGUUGGUAAUGGAAUAUGAAAUAAGUGACGUGAAAUUGUUUCUGUGUUUAGAUAGCAAAGAAGACUGCAGAAAUUAGACCUAUUCAAGUUAAUUAAACUGAACAUCUAGCAAGUAUUUAUUGGAUCUAAUCUACCAGACAGGCGAGGACAACACUUCAAUUCGAAUUUGGAUAAUAGAUUUCCAUGAGUAGGCAAAUUCCACAUAGUUGCAAAAGUAAUUAGAAGAAAGAUUCAAAUUUGGAAGUCAAAAGAAAUACAAAUUUAAUUAUUCAAAUUGCGAUGGAAACUAAAAUGUUGGUAAGAAUCCUUAUGUAGCAUGUUUGCAAAAUAUACAGGCAUGAAACACACUUAAAAAGAAGAAAUCGAUGUCCUUCUGGUUUGUUUUAUCUUCCCACCAUAGUGACCAUUCGCCAGAAAAAAGGGAAUGGCAAUAAAACUGAGAAAUAUUGUGGAGCGAUGGUGCUUUGGCAUCGUGUUUUCUUUUGGAGUGACUGGAAGAUGUGACAAACACAUACAAUCUUUGACAAUAGCAACAUCAACAUCAAUGUUGUUAGUACUUCCAUGUAGUGAUGGCCAAGGUGGGGAUCCAAGGGUGCUGCCCAUAGAUUGGGAAGAGGAAUGCACACUCUAGAUAGCAUCAUGUGCUAAAAGAUAAAGUGUCGAGAUGGUAAAAAAAAUACACAUGACUUUGUCUUCAUUCAAGUAAACCUUGUCAUAACUAAUAAAUAAUUGCAAUGUCA